AACGAUUAUUUAAGUUCCAAUUGGAUUUGAACAAAACAAAAUGCUACCCACGUUAAGGGCUUCCAUGCCCCUACUGGCCCGAUCUUACACAACCAAGGCCAAACGUGUUGUCCUUAAUCAGGAUAAAUCAAAAAUUAAAGAUUAUAAUCCAAAGAUCUCAAAUACUCAUGACCAGCGCGUCUAUGUGUGGGGAUUCCAGGAGACGGGAGCUCUUGGCCUCCAGACGAACAUUAAAAAGUCUCAGGAACGGUACACAGAAAUGGUUCAUCAUCCCACGCGGUUACAGUUCUCCACCAACAAUGAAGUCACGGAUGUAACAGCCGGCUAUGGUUUCACUGCAUAUGCCGUCCAGCGAUCCGAUGGAGAAACACUCUUUGGCUGUGGUCUUAAUACAGACUCUCAGUUGGGUUACCAAGUAAAGAAAGUGAAAUCCAACAGCCCUGCCCAAGAUCCGGCGAAUCUGGAUGUCAUCAUUUAUCCCACGGCCAUACAACUUCCGCGAGAGCAUGGUGAAACAGCCGAAGAUAUGCAAGUGCGCAGCAUGUCUGCAGGACGAGCACAUCUAGUGGUGGUCACACGCAAUGGCCACGUUUUUACCUUGGGCAACAAUUCGUAUGGCCAAUGUGGACGAUCGAUUAUCGAGGAGGAACGAUACAGCAAAAGUGCCAUAAUUCACAGAAUAUCUCAAGUGGACAUAUGUGGUCCAGACGAUGAAAUUGUGAGCGUGGAAUGUGGCCAGGAUCACACCAUGUUUCUGACCAAGCUGGGUCGCGUCUAUACUUGUGGUUGGGGCGCCGAUGGUCAGACAGGGCAGGGAAACUAUCAUUCAGCUGGUCAAAUUACUCUCAUAGAGGGAGAUAUCAAGAAGGAGCGGAUUGUUAGCCUCAGUUGCUCCUCCGAUUGUGUUUUGGCCUUAAACGAGCACGGCGAUUGCUUUGGCUGGGGCAAUUCAGAAUAUGGCCAACUCGAUAAUGACCCAGAGCAUGCCCAGACACAAAUAAAUGUACCCCGUGCCCUAACAUUAACCAAAGAAAUCGGACGCAUACGACAAGUCGCCAGUGGUGGGUCAUUCUGUAUGGCUCUCAAUGAUCAGGGUCUCGUCUAUACCUGGGGCUAUGGCAUCUUGGGUUUUGGCCCCUUUGUCGAGCAGACCUCAAAGCCCCAGCAUCUGCUGCCCCCACUUUUCGGUCGCAAUGACUUCAGCAACGCCACCACCGUGGUGUCCAUUGGAUGUGGGGUCUUUCACAUGGGCGCCAUCAACUCCGAUGGCGACCUUUUCAUGUGGGGCAAAAAUCGAUUCGGCCACUUGGGUUUGGGACACAAAAAAGAUCAAUUCUUUCCCUUUAAGACCGCCCUCAAUGGCAAGGUCACAAAGGUUGCGUAUGGAGUGGAUCAUACCAUAGCUUUAUGUAAGCCUUAUUUUUAAGUGUUAAAUAAUAAAAGUAUAAAACAAAUGUGCCCACAUGCAUUAAUUUUCUUAUUAUCUAGUUAAGUGGAAUUGGAGGAACUUCAAUUUUUCUACAAUAAAUACUAUUAGUUAAAAUUAA